CCUGCCCAGCGCGGUGACACCAGACCUGAAAUCACCCUCGACUGCGCAGGAACUAUUUUAUGAACUUAUUGCACACGGAUUUGGACCAAGUUUCUAAUUGCUUCAUAAACGUUAUUGAUCCAUUCGAUCAACAUUAUUUUACUUGAUAAAGAAGAAGAAAAGGAUACUCUAAGAAGAAUGGAGAAGUGGACAACCCCUGAAUACUAUGACUAUGAUUAUGAAGAUCAGGAGAACAGCACCAUGUGUGACUACUCUGAGUGGAAGCCGUCCUACUCAGUCAUCCCAGUCCUCUACAUGCUCAUCUUCAUCCUGGGUCUCUCUGGCAACGGUGUGGUCAUCUUCACUGUGUGGAGGGCUCAGGCCAAGCGCCGGUCAGCAGACAUCUACAUAGGCAACCUGGCCAUGGCUGACCUGACCUUCGUGCUGACUCUGCCACUGUGGGCAGUGUACACUGCAUUGGGCUACCACUGGCCCUUCGGUGUGGCCCUCUGCAAGAUCAGCAGCUACGUAGUGCUGCUCAACAUGUACGCCAGCGUCUUCUGCCUCACCGCCAUGAGCUUUGACCGCUACCUGGCCAUCGUGCACUCUCUGUCCAGCACCCAGCUGCGUACCCGUGGCCACAUGCAGGCCUCCCUGACGGCCAUCUGGCUCCUCUCCGGCCUACUGGCUGCCCCCACACUCAUCUUCCGCACCACCAAGGAUGACGAGAACAGCGACCUCAUCUCCUGUGGCAUGGACUUCAGCCUGGUGUUGGGUGGGGGUAAUCAAACAAUCAGUCAAUCAAAUGAAUUGAAGCAGAAGGAGUCCAUGUGGAUCGCAGGGCUCAGCAUCUCCUCCUCUGCCCUGGGCUUCCUCCUGCCCUUCCUGGCCAUGAUGGUGUGCUACUGCUUCAUCGGCUGCACCGUGACACGCCACUUCAACAGCCUGCGUAAGGAGGACCAGAGGAAGCGGCGUCUGCUGAAGAUCAUCACCACCCUGGUGGUUGUGUUUGCUGCCUGCUGGAUGCCCUUCCACGUGCUGAAGAGCGCUGAUGCCCUCUCCUACCUGAACCUAGCUCCAAACACCUGCGCCUUCCUCCGCUUCCUCCUGCUGGCCCACCCUUAUGCUACCUGCCUGGCCUACGUCAACAGCUGCCUCAAUCCCUUCCUGUAUGCCUUCUUCGACCUGCGCUUCCGUUCCCAGUGCCUCUGUCUGCUCAACCUGAAGAAGGCCAUGCACACCAGCCCCGCCAGCUCCAUGUCCUCCCAGAAGACAGAGGCCCAGUCGCUGGCCACUAAGGUGUGACGUUUAUGCUGUGGUCAGGGCAUGGGAGAGGGAUGUCAGCCAGAGGGAAUAGGUCUCCAGCUGCCUUUUCCUGUCCUACCUCCAUCGUCACCUGAACACUGCAGGUAAAUCUAAGAUUUCAGAGGUGCAAAAUGAUAUCAUGACCUAUUCAGCCACAUACAUGUGGACUGCAGACUGAGUGCAAAUGUACGUGUCCUCCAGACUGUGUGACUGAGGAAACUGAUAGUCAGUCUUCUGGCUGUAAUCAUGACCACUGACAUCCUCCAAGCUCACUCUCAGUGAUUAGGAAGUUUGUACAAACCCCUUGAACUGCUUGAUACAGGGGGCCAAGCUCCAUACCAGGGUGAUGCAAACCAGACCCCAGACAUUUUGGACAGAGUUGAAUGUAUUUCAAAGGGACAAAGCAGCUCAUAUUGUUCUCCUGGUGUUCCGUGUUGACUUAAGGCAAGUUCUUGGGUGGGUUGUCCCAUGGCUCUGGCUUUUAACACUGGAGGAGUGUAUUAUACAUGCAUUUGUACCAUGCUGUUCUUGUUUUUUUUAAGCACUUGCUCAUUGGAAAGAGGUGAGACCUCUUCCUCUGCCCCAGUCAUGAUGUAAGGGUGUGUGUGUAGGUCCAGGAAAGGUGUUGCAGCUUGAUUAAAAAGUUGUAAGGGGAGAUAAGGGCACGGAGGGAGGGGGGUGGUCCCAGACGGACAGAUGGCAGCUGACAAAUGUUGUCGAGGGAGGAGAUCCAACUAAUAGGUGGCUGCUCUGACAGAUUAAAUUCUAGUGUGUGUGUGUGUGUGUGUGUGUGUGUGUGUGUGUGUGUGUGUGUGUGUGUGUGUGUGUGUGUGUGUGUUUAUUGAAUCAGGAUUGGGGAAGGCAUGAAUUAACUUGUUUUUAUUUGACUAAGAUGUGAUACAUGCUGUACAAUGCUUUUAUGUGAUGAUUUGAAAUAAAACGUUUUCUGUUGAACUAAAAUCCUCUCUUGUGUCACUGUGUUACUUGUUAUAAUGUCAUGCAAACACUAUUCAGUAUACAUACUUUGUCCUGUUAGCACACAGAGUUGAAGGGUGACAGUCUCCCUCCCAUUGUGUGCAGUUAGAAUGAAAGCUGUGUCUACGGGAAAUACAUAUGAGUUCUAUUUCCCGCUCCAACGUUUGUUUUUUUGCUCCUUUACGACAGUGUUCACCUUCAGAACAUUAACAGACAUUUGUUGAAAAUGUGUUGAUAAAAUGAUGGAGGACAAUGUAUUCUUUCUCAGAGAACUGUGUUGAUCAUGUAAACCAGUGUAACCAUGCUACCACAUCUCUCCCUCGCUCCCUUCAGCAACAUGUAAGCUUGAGUAGCUUCUUUUAAAGCAAAUAUCUAAGAUUCACUCCCCAUGUGUAAUGUCAAAGUAUUGUAGUGUACCAUUACCAACUCACUGUUCCAUAGUUGGGAUGCUUUGCACUGAGACCAGUUUAAGCCAAUAAAGAUAAUUGAACUAUUGUAUUAGUAA